UUGCGUACCCGGAAGCAGUCAAUAUCGCGAAGCUAAAUGGUAGUUUGUGUAACGGUACUUAACUGAAAAAGUCAUAAUGAAAUAACUAAUCUGCGGUGCAAGUGUGCAUUGCAGGAGUGGAAAUGCAUGGAAGUACUGUCCGUUGCCACACCUCCCCAUGCUGAGACACUGUUUCUCGUUGUCCUCUUCUUCGAGAAGGAAACAAGAAAACACCGCUGAACUUGGAGGAAGUUUUAUCUGCUGCAAAAUGAAAGAUAUGUCGUUAGCUCAAACCUCCUCCCCUCUACAAUACAGACUUCCUGGACGCACGAAACUUGCAGAUUCUGUCCAAAGGAAGAAGGUGUUGAAUUACACUCAUCAUUUAAUUCACAGCAUGUUUAAGACUGUAUUUGCUUCUCUGCCAUGGCGACUGUAAGGAGGGGAGUUCAUAGAGCACAAAGUGGAUUAUCUUGAGAAGUUGCUGUGUAACCUAGAAGAGAAGUCGCUGUGAUUUGACCUGGAUUUUCUCAAUCGGUGCUAAAAUAGCUAGCCAGCUAGCGAAUUUAAUCGGACAAAUCCCUCUCUGUCUCUCUCCACACCUAUUUUUUGUGGUACCUUCCCGUUUCGCGGUAGCAUAAUGCAGUGUCGACGUGCAAAUAUUUAAAUUCACCAGGAACGAGGAAAAGCUGUCGCGCCCUGUUUGCUGAAACGAUAUUCGAGUUUUCCUGCGGUUACUUGCACUGUUAGUUUUAUCUGACUUAGUGAAGUAGCCCACUAGUUUUCAAUCGUUCUGUUUUAGUCAAAUACGCUUCCAGUUUGGAAAUGAACAAGCUUGUGUUCAUUCACACUGUUGCUGUAAUUUCUAUGAAAGUGGAAUAUUCGGAGCUGGCCUUUACGACAAGUCUAUGAAGUGAAGAAGGGAAAAGUGGGACACUAUGGCACUAUUUGGGCGACGGAACCGGUCAAAGUUGAUACUUUGUAUUCUUGCCGCUUUUCUUGUCGGCUACUUAAUCUUUCACAGAAACAAUGCAAAAGAAGUCGGAGUGGCGAGUAGACGAAGAGUGCCAACUGUUGGAUAUCCAGAGGACAAUGAACUGUUAAAAAGACCGGUUUAUGAAAAACCACCGUUGGAUAUGAGUGCUCUGGGUGAGAUGGGAAGAGCUGUAAAACUCAACUUGAACGGGGACGAGAAAAGAAAAGAAGAGGAAAGCAUAGCGAAGCAUCAAAUUAAUACCUAUGUGAGCGAUAAGAUAUCCCUUCACCGCAGGUUAUCUGAAAGAUGGAAUCCACUCUGCCGAGACCUGAAGUACAGCUACGCGAGCCUCCCGUCUACUUCGGUGGUGAUCGCCUUCUACAAUGAGGCGUGGUCCACACUGCUGCGGACCGUUCACAGCGUCCUGGAGACCUCGCCCGACGUCCUGCUCCGGGAGGUCAUCCUCGUCGACGACUACAGCGACAGAGAUCACCUGAAGCAGCGGCUGGAGGACUACGUCUCGGGCCUGCGGAAGGUGCGCCUGAUCCGCGCGCGCAAGCGGGAGGGCCUGGUGCGCGCGCGGCUCCUCGGGGCGUCCAUCGCCACCGGCGACGUGCUCACCUUCCUGGACUGCCACUGCGAGUGCCACGAGGGCUGGCUGGAGCCGCUGCUGCACAGAAUUAAGGAAGAGGAGACGGCGGUGGUGUGUCCUGUCAUCGACGUCAUCGACUGGAACACCUUCCAGUACCUGGGGAACCCUGGGGAGCCCCAGAUCGGGGGGUUCGACUGGAGGCUGGUCUUCACCUGGCACACCGUCCCGGAGUACGAGCAGAAGAGGCGGAAGUCUCCCACCGAUGUCAUCAGGUCUCCCACCAUGGCCGGAGGUCUGUUCGCGGUCAGUAAGACCUACUUCCAGUACCUGGGCACCUACGACACGGGGAUGGAGGUGUGGGGCGGAGAGAACCUGGAGUUCUCUUUCAGGAUCUGGCAGUGCGGGGGCAGCCUGGAGAUCCACCCCUGCUCCCACGUGGGGCACGUCUUCCCGAAAAAGGCCCCCUACUCCCGCAGCAAGGCCCUGGCCAACAGCGUGCGUGCCGCCGAGGUCUGGAUGGACGGCUACAAGGAGCUGUACUACCACCGCAACCCCCACGCCCGCCUGGAGGCCUACGGAGACGUGAAGGACCGGCGGAAACUCAGAGAGAAGUUGGGCUGCAAGGACUUCAAGUGGUUCCUGGAGAACGUCUAUCCCGACAUUCAGGUCCCUGAGGACCGGCCUGGGAUGUUUGGGAUGCUGAAGAACAGAGGGAUGGAAAACUACUGCUUUGACUACAACCCGCCAGAUGAGAACAAAGUAGUGGGCCACAGGAUCAUUCUGUACCCGUGCCACGGCAUGGGGCAGAACCAGUUCUUCGAGUACUCCUCGGACCACGAGGUGCGCUUCAACACGCGGCAGCCGGGGGGCUGCGCGGCGGCGGAGCCCGGCUCCGGGUACCUCACCCUGCGCCCGUGCCGGGUGCCCCAGCAGGCCGUGCCGGAGGACCAGAAGUUUGUCCUCAGAGAGGAUGGGUCCUUCUUCAACGUGCAGACGAAGCAGUGCGUAGAGGCGGUGGAGAAGUCUGACAACGGCAGCCCCGCCCCGGCCCUCCGACCCUGCUCCGGCUCCGCCCACCAAAUGUGGUUCUUCGAGGAGCGGUCGUAACCCAGCGGGGUGCGGCUGAACUGUGCGAUGGAGCGCACGGGCGGCCCCGUCCCGCCUCCCAGCAAACCCCUCCCCUUUAAGACUGAUGUUGAAACGGCAGCUCCGAGACCCACGCGCACCACUGUGUGCUACUGUCCCCGCUCCCACUGAGCUGUCCUGAGCACCGGACCGCUGCAGCUCUGCAGCUUACCGAAGGGCUCUGCGGAGGGUGUCGGCCUCCGGCCUGUCAGCCUUCAAGCUGGGACUCGUUUUUCACAGACUCUUCAACCACGAUUGGACAGUGACUUUUGUAAAGAGGUGCAGUGCAGGGUUUUUCUUUAGGGAUUAAUUACCUGGGUAACAGCAUUGCCCCUGGGUAACUGCAUUGCCCCUGGGUACCUGCAUUGCCCCUGGGUAACUGCUAUGCCCCUGGGCACCUGCAUUGGCCCUGGGUAACAAAAUUGCCCCUGUGUAACUCCAUUGCCCCUGGGUAACUGCUAUGCCCGUGGGUAACAGAAUUGCCCCUGGGUAACUCCAUUGCCCCUGGGUAACUGCUAUGUCCGUGGGUAACAGCAUUGCCCCUGGGUAACACACCAUAAGCUAUCGUGUUGCAGCUCUGAAUGGAGCUCAUGCUGUCCUUCAGUCACUCAGCUUGCCUGUGGAUACCCUACUUAGCUGCUCCGUGCUUCCAUUUGAAACCGUUUAUUUUUAUGAAGGUCGGUUUUCUCUCUAGCCCAGAACGCGUGGCAGCCUUUCAUUGGUAUUUUUGGCCUGCAGCGGGAAUACUCCAGUCUGGCCCUCAAGGUCAGCAGUGCUGCUGCCUUUCUCUUCUGCCUGAUAGUCCUCAGUCCAGUAAUAUCACUGCUUGGCCACAGAUUACACUCUCCCGGUGUGUUAGGGUCUACCCCUGAUUAGUGGGGAGGACUGAAAACCAGCAGUACUACUGACCCGAGGGCCAAAUUUCAGUAUCCCUGGCCUACAGUGUGAUAUUGGCCUGUGUAGAAGCAUCUAAUCACUGAAUGCAUUUCCUGUGCAUGCCUCUAGGUGGAGCCAAUGUCUCUGGUUUUGCUUGUGCCCUCCAUGUUAAUUUACUAGAUAUAAAUCACAGCUGUUGUUAGUGGUUCUGCUUCAGGUCUGUAUGACCCGACAUCUUCAUGACACCUCUUGAGUGACCCAGUUUUUUUCCUUUCUUCUUUUUAAUUUUUUUUACAGAAGUGAUAACUACUAAGUAAACCUGCUUAUUAGUGUACUACUGAACUAUCUUUAAGACUCAACAAACAGAAUGCACUUGGAAGUACACACGUACACCCCAGACCUUGGUACUGAGGAGAAACUUGAGUCUUAAUUAUUGUGAUGUAGUCAGUUAUGAUGCAUGUCAAGAUUUACGUGCAGAUUAUGAAAAUUGUUUUGAUGCUGUAGGAUAAAGUCACAAGUACUUUGCAAUCUGUACAAUGAAGUUCAAUAUUGCUUAAUAUUCUCAGAAGAGAAGUUGGAUGGAAAAUGCACAGCUUUCAGGUUUGGUCAAGGCUAUGUUUCACUGGCAGAAUCUGUUAAUUUUGUUUGACUAAUUAUUGAAUGUUUGCGAUUUGUCUUUUUUGGAGGCUUCAGUGAAAACUAACAUACUUGAUCAACUGCUUGUCCUAAUCAAUAGAUCAAUAAUUUAGAUAACAAUUAGUUAUUGUCUGUUACUUAGAUUUAUGAGCAUACUUUCCAUGCCGAUCCCAAAUUGCUGUCGUGCUUUACUGCAAUCACACUGAAAAUGAAGUGCCUAAUCUUUAUGGGUGUAGCUACAUAGUCCUUAUGUUUAAUUGCCCACAUUUAUAUGAAGUUCGCAGUUUUGUAUUGCACAAUACAAUAAAUAAGAACCAUUGAAUAUGCAGAAUAUUGGGCGCAAAAUUAAAUUUCCUGAAGGAAUUGCGUUGCUAACAAUUGAUAUGUCCAUUGAAAUAUUAUAUCUUGCUCGACAACUGUUAGGAUUCCAUGCACCACGUGGACUUGUGUAUGGUUGGGACAUAUUUGCACACUUUUUUAAAAAGAGGCUUUGCUCGUCAUAUGUAAUGCAUCUAGUGUUGCACAUGGGAUUCCCUGUUGGUUCUGCGACCAUAUGUACCUUGUGGAGCUGAAGAGAUUGAAUGACCCGCCUCAUGGUUAUCGCUGAAAAUAAUUCCAUAACCCAGGUGCCCCAGCCCCCCCCCCCCCUUCCAUUUCCCCUUCUGUCCUCUCCUCUCCCAUGGUCCUUUGCAUCACCACUUCCAGAGCCUCUGCUGACAUGUGAUUGGUUGUAUGUCCGUGUGCUCGAUGUGUCCGCGUGGCCCUUUUAUUGAAUGGUGCUAUUCAGACUGAGCGAGCCGCAGUGUCCCGUACAGUGGCAUGAAGCACAUUCUGAUGUAAAGCGGCACUUUGCGCACAACCGCAUUAUGUACCUGGAUCCUGAUUCAAUCUAGCUACAGUGCUCUUUUUGCUUGAAGCAAGGAAUGUAAGCAAGUUUGACCUUUCUCUAUGCAAUGCAAUGUUUUUUUUAAAUUAAAGCUGUGGACUUGAUUGUCCAUCCUUUAGUUGUUUUUAAGGUUGUACUGGCAACCCUAUGCCCAUACAAAUGUAAUGGAUGAUAAAAACUUGAUGUGUACGCUGGAAUCCAACCCACGGCGGAUUUUUUAUUCGCUUUUAUUUAUAGUUGUUAUUCAAGUUGCCUUAACCAACAUCAAGAAAAUGAAGGAUUUGGGAUUUUUUUUUUUUCCCUAAUGAAGAGGUUUAAAGUGUUGCUGAAGAUUUUCACCAUUUCGUGCACCACCGUGCGCACCAUUUUGUAACUCUUGAACAUGGAAAGACUCUCUUCUUCUAAUGUACCUUCUCUCGACAUUUUGAAUUUAACAUGAAUAAAAUUCAAAUCUCAAAUUAAA